UCAGCCGAGAAUCUCGCGGCCUAGUCGGCAGGCUUCAGCCACGGGUUGAAGCAAUGCCUGAAUCCGGCGGCGUUAAGACUUUAUUAAUCCGGCACCUGCCGGCUGAACUAAAACCGAAUGAGCAGAGAGAGCUGCUGGAGAGGACCGGGGCGGAGAGCGUGCGGUUAUGUUCCCGGGGAAGCCUGAAAAAUGCAGCCUUUGCCAUUUACCCGAAUGAAUUUGCAGCUGCAAAGGCUUUGUCGGUGCUCCACCAACUUACGGUUUUGGGUCAUACCCUCGUGGUUGAGUAUGCAAAAGACAACCACAUUCAUUUACCAGAUCAGCCCCCCUUCUCCGAGAAGAAUAAAAGUGCCAAGGCAGCAGAUGAUGGAAAAGACGUGAAGCCUAUAAGCCAGGUUUCUAUUGAACAAGGAAUUGCACCAAACCAUGGACUUGUAUUUCCAAUAAAAUCCACUCUGAAAUACCUCUAUCCGCCUCCGACCAGCACCAUUCUUGCAAACAUUGCCAACGCCUUAGCCAGUGUUCCAAAGUUCUAUGUACAGGUACUACACUUAAUGAAUAAAAUGAAUUUGCCUGCCCCGUUUGGACCUCUUACUGCGCAGCCUCCCUUGUAUGCAGACUACCUAGCCGUGCCAACGCCGUACCCACCUGUCCCUCCAGACCUUCCCGAGAACCCCCCGCUUCCGGAGCUGGAUGAUGACUAUGACAUGGAGGUCUCUAGUCGGGAAGAGUCAGAAUAUGAAAGUUGUGAUGAGGAUGAAAAAGACAGGCUGGCUCGUUUGAAGAUGAUUUCAGAUCUUCUGCCGAAGAGAGCAAAGGCAAACAAGCAACCUCGACCACGCAAAAAGAUGAAAAUAAAGGAUCUAAUAACAAAACCUACUGUUCCACACAGUAAUAACCACACACCAUUGCAACCUGAUGAUGUAUUUGAGACACCGUGUGUCCUAGGCCCUAAAAAAAUGGAGUUCCAUAUCCCUGCGGACAUACCAGUAGCCGCUAACGAGUCUGAAGAGUUGGCAGCAACAAAUGAGGUUGUGCCUGGGUUCGGAAAGAUUUACCCAGCUCCCGCUCCGAAAGAAGACCAGAGUGAUGAGGAGGACGAAGAUGAAAUGCCAAAAGACUUUAUUUCUAGGAGAGAAUUGGAGAAAGGAAGGCUUUCUAAAGACGAAAUGAGAAAUCUUUCAGUCUUCAAAGGUUAUGACCCAGGAGAACCAAACUGCAGACUGUAUGUGAAGAACUUAGCAAAGCAGGUAGAUGAAAAGGAGCUCAAGUUUAUUUUUGGAAGAUUUAUUGACCUUACAUCGGAAACUGAAAAGAAUAUGUUUGACAUUCGCUUGAUGAAGGAAGGAAGAAUGAAGGGACAAGCUUUCAUUGGAUUCCCGAAUGAGACUAUUGCAUCAAAGGCAUUAAAAUAUGUUCAUGGAUACACCCUACAUGACAAACCAAUGGUGAUUCAAUUUGCACGAUCGGCUCGUCCCAAGUCUAAUGACAGUAAAAAAGAAAAGAAACGUUAGGGAAAA